AUGAAUUAAUAGAAUUCCACUAAUUUUUAACCUUUAGUGAAUAAGACUUUGAAUUAUACUAAAUAUGGAUAAUUUAAACUUACAAAAAUGAUAGACCAAGGUGCAGACGAGGCUGUGUUUGAAGCUUAACCUACAAACAACAAUAUGUCCUAAUUGUUUGCCAUAAAAAUUUACAAAACUAUAGCUGAUCAGGAGAAAUCUUUCAUUCGGGAGGUGAUUGAUUAUUAAGAAAAGUUUGACAACGAUCCAAUUAGGACAUCAGGAAUUAUUAGGAUUUAUGAAACAGGUUUAUUUUCAAAUUUUUACACAUUACUUAUGGAGAUGGGGAAAUCUAAUCUACAAGAUUAUAUUAAAAGCAUCCAAUAGAUUUCAUCAGAGAAAAGGGUUGAAAUUUGCACUGAUGUAAUUAUUCUCUAAAUUCUUAGCUUUUUAAAUCUAUUAAAUUUAUGAAUUCUAAAAAUAUAUUCCACAAAAGCAUCAGGCCAGAGAGCUUCAUCCUUGUAGAAAAUAAAUUUAAAUUAAUUAAUUUUGGUUAGGCCAUAAAGGGAUAAGAUUCAAAUAAAUAUCAAGUUAAAGGGGUUCAAUAGAUGUUAUAUUAAGCUCCAGAAAUCUUAAAAUAAAAAUCUGAUUUUCUUUAAUCUGUGGAUACUUGGUCAUUGGGUUGUGUAAUUUAUUGGACUUUUACAGGCAACUCAUUUUUUUAGUCGGGUAUCAAUUAUUAUCUGAAAUUUUAGCUGACAUUGAGGAUCUAAAAGUUAAAAUCAAAGAUUAUAAAAAUAAAGAAGUCAAUCAAUAUUAUUUAAAAAGAAUUGACCAAUUGAAUGCUCCUUAAUAUGUAAAAGAAAAUCUGAAGUCAAUGUUGGAAUAUAAAAGAUACAGGCGUAUCAAAAUUGCUGAUGUCUCAGAAUCUUUUACUAAUAAAUAAGGUCCAGCUUAAUAAAAUAAUUUAGUAUAACCUCAAGGAAAUCCACCAAUAAAUCCAUUAUUUUAAACUCAAAUAAAUCCAAAUUUAUAAAACAAAACCAAUCAACAAUUUUAACCCUAAAUAAAUCAAGUUUUAUAACCUCCACCAAAUUCCGUUUAAUAAUAUUAAUAACAAUUUUAAUAACCUAAUCAACCCAUCUAAUUUAAAUAGCCUCCAUAAUUAUAAGCAGCACCCUUUCCAUAAUAAAACAUUUAACAAUAAUAGUAGUUAUCUUCUGGUCAUAUUGAAUAAGUUUGUCAAUUACUUCUAAGUGAAAUAAAAAAAUAAGUUUCUUAUAACUAAUAGUAACAAAUAGAGGAUAGAGAUGGAAAAAGUCUAAUCACAGAUAGUGGUUCAAUAUAGUCCUGCAAUUAUAUUGAAAAUGCUUUUAAUGAAAUUGUUAGAAUUAUGCAAAAUUUAAAUGAUAAUAUAUAAGCAGUGCAAACCCAAUAAAUUGAAGAUAUUAAAAAUAAAUAUGAAUAAAAGUUAGAACAAAAAGAUUAAGAAAUUGAUCAAUUAAGACAGCAAUUAAAGAAUACAGAAUAAUAACAAUAAGUUCCAUAAAAAAAUGAAUUCGAUUAAAACAAUAUGGACCUUCAAGGAAGUGCAAUUUCUUUAAAUACCAAUUUACAAGAAUAUUCAAUAUUAAAAGAGUAAUAACCAAAGGAAGUUUUAGAAAAAUAGAAUUUGGAUCAUUUAGUAAAAGAAGUGAUAGAUCGAUUUUAAGAGUGGAUAUAGUAACCAAAAAAUUUAGAGAAUCAGCAGAAUUAAGAUGAUAACAUCUUUGUCAUACUUUUGAAAAAGUUAAAUGAAGGAUUAAGUAUGUGUUGA